GACGGAAGACAACCGCCGAGGAUGAGGAGAUGACUGUCUUUCCGCGAGUCUGGGCCGCGAAGUACUUGGAAAAGAGUGGCGUUGCAAAGGACAAGUUGGACGAAGCCGCUGCGGACUCCAGAAACAACCCGUUGCGUGUGUGGGGAGCAUGCGAGGGUAUGGGGACUUCAGCCUACGCGAUGCGCAAAGUGUCGGAGGUGACCGGGAUCGAGCACGAGCUCAUGUUCUCCAGCGAGCUUUUGGAGGGGCCGCGCGACUUUUGCCUUCGGCAUCAUGGGUGGCAGCACUUCUUCACUGACGUGACGGAAGACGCAUGUGGAGGUUACUGCCACGUCUGCGAGCGAAAGCAUGAAGAAGGGGUCGCUUUUGGCGAAACUGAGAUGGCAGUGAUGGGCAUUCCAUGCCCUUUGUUCUCGGUUCUCAACCAGAAGACGAAGCAUCCUGGAUGGAACCCUUUCUUGGAGCCUUCGAGCUCUGUGGUUCGCGUUUGCCUUCAGAAGAUCCGGGCCCGACAGCCAAAGACUUUUGUGAUAGAGGAGGUUGCAUCACUGUUGAAGCGCUUCGAAGAACCUGUCCAGCUGCACGAAGACUCUGAGAUAUACGCCGCCCCAAUUGAUGUUUUUCUUCGCGGAAGAGCUGGAGAUCAAGUAUUAGGCAUCAUGUGCGAGCUGGAUGGUGGCAAAUUUUAUCACGUGAAGGUUCUGGUGCUGAAGAGCUCUGACUUUGGUUCUCCAAACCAUCGUCGACGUUGCUACAUCCUUGGAGUUCGCAAUGAUAUUGGAGAUGAGCGCACCUUGCGGAAACUUGGCCACUGGAUUCAGAAGGAAUGCGCUUCUGUCCACAGACGGUGCACACUUACACAGUGUUGGGACUACUGUGUGCGAAGUGGGUCGACUUUGUCCAUGCCUGGUUACUCACGGGACCAAGGGUACAAAAGCAAGGAGUCCGAGAAGAAGCAGAAGAGUUUGCUCCGCGAUUUGGAUGUGGCUCCUGGUGGCUGGGGCCCAUACUGCAGGACCAUGAGCAGACAGGACAGAGGGAUGCUUAACACGCGAGAGAAGGUUAAGCUGGAUGUGGAGUUCAGAAGAAUGGAAGUUGCGGGAGUAGAUCCAAGAGAUGCUUAUGUUGAUGUGGCACGAUCCUCGAUCAACGCCAUGGGAUCAUAUCCUCGUGGGCUUGGAGCCGCAUUUUGCUGUCAGAUGAAGUUGUGGCACCUCGGGAGACACAAUUUCCUCCCUGCUGAGGCGCUGUUGGCCGCGCAAGGAAUCGACUGCCGUGACAUGGUGUACACGGAACGGGAUUACCGCCUUUACAACUUGUUGGCCGGCAAUUCCAUGACAUCGUCAGUCGUGGGAGCUUGCUGCAUGGGAUUGACGUUGGCAUUUUUGGCCAAAGACGCUGAGGGAAGGCCGCUGAUGUCCUUGGAUGCUGACAUGGGCAGCGAGAGCGCUUCGAGCAGCCCUUGUGAUUACGACGAGAGCAGUUCCAGUUCAUCCGACGGUGAAUAUGGAGAAGUGGGAGAAGAAACGCCCACUGGGAUUGGUUUGGCCGUGGCGAAUGCAACGGACCUUCCUCGGUCACCUUCAGAUUCACUUGGUGCCAGCACUGCCAGGCUUUCUGAGUUCAAGGAGACGGAUGCUGAAGCAAUGGACUCUGGCAGCAGCAGCAGCAGCGCAGAAGAUGGUGAGACCCCCUAG